UUGUUUCUGGUGCCGCUCGUGGUGGACCCGGCCGUGGCCACGCUGCGCGCCGACUUCGCGCCGGUGGCGGCCGCGUGCCGCACCGAGCGCGUCGAACGCUACAGUACGCUCUCCAACUGCUCGUGGAGCUCGUGUCGCGAGGGCUGCACCAGUGAGCUGUACCAGUGUGUGCACGUGUAUGUGACUUACGAGUUGGCCGAGGCGGCCUGGGCCGCACUGGGCCGUGCUCCAGGUGAAUGUAAAGACGUGCGGCUACCCUCCGCGGGUCAACUGUUCGGCGUUCGAGCUGCGCUACGCCCGGCCGGGCAGCACGUUCCCCUGCUACGUGAGCCGCACCAACACCAGUCUGGCGGUGACCGAUUUCCGCGCCGGAGAGGCGGGUCGGCUGCUGCUCGGCGGUCUGGGCACGCCGGCAGGAGCGAUCCUGCUCGGCGCACUCACCGUCUGCCUGCUGCAGAUGAGGCCGGCGGUCUGGAAACGGCGGAAAGUCGGCCUCGUACAGGCGAUCAAACCUACAACGCAGAGAGUAUGGAGUACGGCGGCAUCGGCGGGCAGCGGGCCGGUGUCCCUCACGUCCACACAUCCACUCAGCCCGGUGCCCGAGUCCCGGGGAGACUCCGGCAAACCGCUGCCUCCGCCGCCCCCGCCGCCGCCGCCGCGCCCGCCUCCAUGACAUGA